CCCGUCAUCAUUUCGCUUCCGCUGUUGCGGCUCGCAACGGCACGCAGCGCGCCUUCCCCUCCCUUGUUGCCCUCCAACUGCAGCGCCAGAAGCGGCUCGGGCUCCUCCUCCUCGUCGCCGGGAACCGGUCCACAAGCGAGAAGCUUCCCCCGCUCCCCUCUUUCAUCUUCCUCGUCGCGGAGAGACGAAAGCGGCGGGUGGAGCGUCGGCGUCGGGGUCCCCGUCGGCGGCACCGGCACGCAAGCCUGGGCUGAAAUUUCAGCAUCGGCGCACCAAGUACUAGUUGAGAUUUCAGAAGGAAGGCUUCAUGCAGGUUUGUGGCGUUCAGUUGAGCUCUGCAACAUCUCGCUGGCGAGAAUCAUGGCCGCCAUUUGGUGGAUCCUACGAGUGUACUGGAAAUAGCUGUUGCAUCUCUGGGAGUCAAAGACCGUUAUGUAGAGUACAAUGCUGUCAGGUGCCACGUUCUACUGGAAAUGUAGCUCAUCUUCAGAAGGAGGACAAAUAUUCUUGUGUUGAUAGGUCAACUUCUUAUCUGCACGUGCAAACUCUUAGGAAUUUCCCAGUUGAAAAACUUUAUGGAGAGGUGGUCUUGGUGCGACUUGAUUCUGUACUUCUAUUGGAUCCUCUUGGGUUAUGUAGUUUGUCACUGAAAAGGACACUGUCAACUAUCAAAUACCUGUACAAAGCAGGAGGGAAAGUUCUUCUAGUUACCAGUUGGGAUCCAGUCCUCCAAUCUGUUAAUCCUGUGCUCGAGUCAACUGAAUCUUUUGCAGACUACAUGUCAUCGCUUCUUCAAGUAAAGGUCAUUCCAGUGAAUGGUGUCCCUGGUUUAACAUCAUGUAAGAAGGAAGAAUGGGUGCAGAAUGAUAUUAUCUUGUUUGAAAAUCUUUUGAACUUCAGGGGAGAAAAUGCAAACUGCAAUGAUUUUUCUCAGAAGCUAGCUUCAGGUGCAGCAAUCUUUGUCAAUGAUUCUUUCUCAUUGUCUCAUAAGAUUCGCGCAUCAGUGGUUGGCAUCACUCGUUUCUGCUACGCGUCUCUUGCUGGUUUCCAUUUUGAGGAGGAGCUUAUGCAAUUGCUAAAGAUCAAUGACACCACAAGGCGCCCAUAUAUUGCAAUAAUUGGAGGCAGUAACUUCUUGAGAAAGGCACCUGCACUGCAUCUGUUAGCCUCUCAAUGCGAUGGGUUGUUUCUUGUUGGAAAAUUAUCAUUUCAAAUAAUGAAUGGUCUUGGAAUUCCAGUGCCUUCCUGUUUGAUAGAAAAAAAUGCAACCAAGGAAGUGGUACAACUCAUUGAAAUAGCUCAUAAUAGGAACAUCCCUAUCUAUUAUCCAACAGACCUGUGGUGUUUGAAUAGCAACAAUAAUGAACAACUGGAAAUAUUUGACUCAGCUGAACUAUUGUCUGGCUUAAUAUCUUUGGGCUGGACACCAGUUGAUAUAGGGCCAUCAACAUUGGAGAGAAUUUCUUCUUUACUAUUAUCAUGCAAGAAGAUCCUAUGGAUCGGUACUACUACAAGCUAUGACUUGACAGAAGAAUUUUCUGUCGGGGCAACGCAGUUGGGUCAGAUACUGAACAAAGCAAGUCAUAAUAGCUGUGACGUUAUUAUAGUAGGGAGUGCAGCAUGCAAGGCAGUAAAAGGAAUAUCAGAUUCUUCAUCACAAUAUACAGCAUUUGAAAAUGAAUCUGUUGUAUGGGAAUUUCUCAAAGGAAGAAUAUUGCCUGGUAUUGCAGCAUUGGAUAAAAGCUAUCCCUAUCAGAUUCCAUGGGAUGACGUCUUCUCUGACACCGAACAACCAUUGUUUGUUGAUAUAGGAAGUGGAAAUGGUUUGUUUCUAUUCCAAAUGGCUAGAAACUGGGAAGGCUCCAAUUUUCUUGGGCUUGAGAUGAAUGAAAAGCUUGUUGUUAGGUGCCUUAAGGAUGUAGCAUCAGCUGGGAAAAGAAACUUAUAUUUUCUAUCAACAAAUGCAACUUCCACAUUUCGCUCGAUAGUUUCAAGUUAUCCUGGACAGUUGACACUUGUCGCAAUACAGUGCCCAAAUCCUGACUUCAACAAAGAGCAAAAUAGGUGGAGAAUGGUAAGAAGAAUGCUUGUUGAAGCUGUUGCCGACCUUCUUCAGGUCAAUGGAAAGAUCUAUUUACAGUCUGACGUGGAGUCUGUCCUGCUUGGAAUGAAAGAGCAGUUCAUCUCGCACGGCAAGGGCCAGCUCGUGGUGGACAGCGACGACAGCGGCAAUUGCCGGAUGGAGAACCCAUUUGGCGUGGUGUCCGACUGGGAGCGCCAUGUCCUGGCUCGCGGAGCUCCCAUGUACAGAACGAUGCUACGAAAAGUGUGAAAGCUGAAAGGUCCAAGUUGAGAUUUCAGACUGCUCUCGUGUAAAGAAAUCCAAACUCCAAUCUUGACAAAGUUGACAUCCUGAGUGAGAGUGAACUCAUGAUUCUUCUUUUAAGUUUUAACCCCUCUACUAUUCCAGGAAAAUCCUAUACUUCAUAUGUUAACUAAAACUGUAGAAAUCUCAUAUAUGUCCAGUUGUCAAUUCAGAUCUAA